UGUCAAAAACCAUAUGCGAACUGUCAAUCAGUGCAAUUGAUAGCAAGUCAUUCCGGUAGAUGUUGAAUCUACAUAGGUUAACAAAGAUAUCAAUUUAUCGAGCAUUAAAGCAGAUAAAAACAAUAACAAGCAUGGUGCACGACAAUCAAGUGGAUAAAAAACACUUUGUGUUACCGAAUAAACAACGAAUUGAAAACCUUAAGUGUGCUUCGGCUUUCAAACUGUUGACAGAUAAGGAGAAGCUAUACGCCCAUUAUUACAGUCAGGCAUCUAGAUAUGUUGGUUUAGUGGCGCUCACUCAAUCCAGCCCCGAAGCACCGUUGAUUUAUUCGUUGUUGCAACGCAUUUUUAAAGCGGAAUCCGCCGAUGAGCUCCAACGUGCUGCACUGGCAGCUGGUGUCAGUGACAAUGAUACUACGGCGUUCUUGGUUUACACCAGUGGAUUCUUUGCAAAUGCUGGCAACUACAAAGGUAUGGGUGAUACAAAAUUUGUGCCAAAUCUCGAAGUCGAUCAAUUUGAAUUGAUAGUUAAGUCGAGUCGUGCCUACAAAUUGGAAUGUGAUGUUAUCGAAAACUUAUGGUCAAAAUGUAAGAAGCCAAUUUUCCAUUUGACUGAACGUACAAAAUGUAUUGGCUUGGGUGACAAAGGAAUCUCAACGUAUUUUUCCGACAACUGCACUGUCGAAGACAGUGAUCGCGUCACGGAAUGGCUUAAAAUCAAAAAGAUCAUUGCAUACAACUGCCGUACCUUUAAGACUGAACAGGAUGGUCGUGUAACAUAUGAAAUCAAAUUGGCGUCGGCUGAACAAGAAGACAAGGAGGGUAUCACCAUUCCGCCAGAAGAAUACAAAGGCUACACGUUCGUUGUCACACGCGGCGAUUACUUCCCCAUCAUUAAAUUGGUCAAUGAAUAUUUGGCCGAGGCCAAGAAAUAUGCGGCCAACGAAAAUCAAGAACAAAUGAUUGAACAUUGGAUCAAGAGUUUCACCGAAGGAAACAUAAAUGAACACAAGGAGGGAUCAAGAUAUUGGAUCAAAGACAAAGGGCCAGUUAUCGAGACGUAUAUGGGAACGAUUGCUCCAUAUCGCGAUCCAGCCGGCAUCCGAGCUGAAUUCAAUUCGUUGGUGUCGAUAGUGGACAAAGAAACGUCAGCAAAGUUUGCCACCUUGGUCAAGAACGCUGAAAGUUUCCUUGCACUCUUGCCAUGGAGCAAAGACUUUGAAAAGGAUGUCUACUUAAAGCCUGACUUCACAUCACUUGAGGUGUUGGCAUUCGAUGGUGCUGUGGUACCGGCUGGAAUUAGUAUUCCACCUUACGAAGACAUUCGGCAAAACGAAGGUUUUAAAAAUGUCUCACUGGGCAACGUGAUAAUUGCUAGCCAAAAUGUCAAAGAUAACAUUCAAUUUUUAUCGGAAGCCGAUGAAAUUCUAAUGAAAAAGUACAAAGUUCGAGCAUUUGAGGUUCAAGUUGGUCUUCACGAGCUGCUGGGCCAUGGAAGUGGAAAGCUAUUGAGCAUUGAUGAAAAUGGAAAAUACAAUUUCGACGUUGACAUCGUGAAAAAUCCACUAACCAAUCAACUCGUUAGCUCUUGGUAUGAGCCUGGUGAAACGUACGUUUCUAAAUUUGGAACGAUGGGCCCAUCUUUUGAGGAAUGUCGAGCCGAAGCAAUUGGACUUUAUCUCAGUUUGAAUCGAGAUGUGUUGAGCAUUUUUGGCAUAACUGACGAGCAAGAAAUCGAUGACAUUGUCUACAUAAAUUGGCUGUCAUUGAUCUGGGCUGGUGUUGUAGGCCUGGAACUCUAUGAUCCGCUAACAAAGAAAUGGUUGCAAGCCCAUACACAGGCACGCUACGCGCUUAUGCAAGCAUUGUUGGAAGCUGGUCAGGGGCUCAUUGAUAUCAAAGAGACAGAGAAUGGAGAGAACUUGUUACUGAGUGUUGAUCGAUCGAAAAUCGGAACUGUUGGUCGUGAUGCUAUUCACAGUGUGCUGUUGAAAAUCCAAACGUACAAGUCGAUCGGUGACUUCGAAAACGCAGAGAAACUCUACAAUCACUAUUCGAAGGUUUCUAACGACAACGAACCGUACACUUGGGAAAAGUGGCGCGAUAUCGUGUUAGCACAUAAAAAACCGAGAGCAAUUUUGGUGCAAGCUAACACCGAUCUUCAAGGUGAAUCAGUGACUUUGAAAACUUAUGAAUCCACGGUGAAUGGCUACAUCGAAUCGUGCGUUGAUCGUUUCCGGUCAAACAACGAAACUUGCAACAUUCUUGAAAGCGUUUGGGAAACCGACAAGAAAUACUUUCCAUCUCUAAUUGAAAAUUAAAACGAUUUUGAUGGCAAAAAAUGUAAUUCAUGAAUCAUGAUGUUCGGUUGAACAAAAACAAGGAAACAUUCAGGCAAUAAAAACUAGAAUUGAUCCAAAA